AUGUCCGACCACAAAGAAGAGUCGGGUGCGGGCACCAGCCCCCCGCCAAGGACCAUCGAGCAAUGGACCUCCAUGCUCCAGAACCUACGACGUGGAAAGUACGCAGAUUGUACGAUCCAGAGCGUUGAUAGAACGUAUCGAGUCCAUAAAGCUUUGUUCUGCUCCCAGUCCAGUGUUUUCGAGGCCGCUCUCGACGGUCCAUUCAAGGAGGCACAAACUGGCGUGCUCAACCUGCCUGAAGACCACCCGCAGGCUCUGGAAGCGCUUAUCGACUACAUCUAUCUCGGAGACUAUGACGCGAGCUCCUUGAUACCCACAGAACCAGAUAGGAAUCAGUCCCAGGAACAGGAACAACAGACGGUCGAUCAUGCCUUCGAUCACGCUGGUUUCGUUUUACCUUUCGCUCCGACCAUGGCUGAUCUGGAGCAAGUCCCACUCCACGCGGAAGUCUUCAUCCUCGCCGACAAAUACGACCUCCGAAGCUUGUGUGGUUUUGCGUCGGAAAAGAUUCUCGCUCUCAUCGCAAAGAAUCGUGAUCAUAUAGUUGACGAAAACUUUCUGCAGAUCAUUCCUCUUCUAUAUACGCAUGAAGCCUUCAAAGACGAGGAAGAAUUGCGCAAGGAGGUGGUCAAGGCAUUAUCCUGGGCACCGUUGGCUAACGAUCCAGAGCGAGUGCGGGAUGUACUUGCCGAGGUUCCAGAGUUGGCCCUUGACUUAGUCUUGUCUCUUCAAAAAAGCCCCUUUCCGCAAAACGUGGUCCAAGAGGCGCUUGAGCGCCAUCGAUCUCAAGUUCGAAACCACAUUCGUUGUAACUGCGGUCACAGGAUAGCAUUGGGAUACUCAAAGCUUGCCGGAAAGGAAAUUAGUUUCGCUUGCCGGAGAUGUGGCCAGAACUUGCGAGACUUCUCUCACACGUUGCGUUAA